AAUCUCAAGAAUAUUAAAACAAAACCCACGCGCCCCUCUUUCUCCCCCAAAUUUGACCUAAAGCUCAUACAUACAUGCACAACAAACCCUAAUAUACAUACAUAUAUAUCUAUAUUAUCAUCAAAUUCAUCAUCAAAAUCAUUUCAAACUCUCACAAUCAUAAUCAUCCGUUAAUAUAUCUUCAAUCUGGAUACAUAUAUAUCAUUUUCAGUUCGUGUUUUCGUUGAUUAUCGGAGGUCAAUUUGAUUAUGCUUAGGGUUUCAACAUAGAUGAUGGUAAAUUCAGCAAUUGUUAGGUGUUUGAUGUGGAUUUGUGUGAGUUGUAUGGGCGGAGAAUGCCGGAGUUGCGCCGUGGACUCCGCCGUGCUCGUGGUUGUGUAGUUGAGAAGAAUCGAUCGGAAAAGUUCGCCGGAGGUUGCGUGAAGACGCGUGCGGCGGCGGCGGCGGAGGCUGCGGUGGUGGAGAAUAAGGUCCGGCGGCGGAUUAAGAAGGAAAAAGAGGUGGUUGUAGUGUGUGAAAUAGGAGGUGAAAUAGUGUGUGAAAAAGGAGGUGAAAUAGUGUGUGAAAAAGGAGGUGUAAUGGCGGAUGUUAGUGGUGGAUUGAGUGCUAAUAAGGUUACUGGACAAGAAGAAGAAGGGAAUACAGCUCCAUUUCCUGAGAGGGUUCAAGUAGGUGGAUCACCUCUAUAUAAGGUUGAGAGAAAGUUAGGUAAAGGUGGAUUUGGUCAGGUAUUUGUAGGUCGUCGUGUUACUGGUGGAACUGAUCGCAUUUCAGGUCCUGGUGCCAUGGAGGUAGCUCUUAAGUUUGAGCAUAGAAACAGCAAAGGCUGCAGUUAUGGUCCUCCUUACGAGUGGCAAGUUUACAAUACUCUCGGUGGCAGUCACGGAGUGCCUAAAGUUCACUAUAAAGGAAAGCAAGGAGACUACUACGUCAUGGUCAUGGACAUGUUGGGGCCUAGUUUGUGGGAUGUUUGGAAUUCUUCUGGGCAAUCAAUGUCAUCAGAAAUGGUAGCUUGUAUAGCUGUGGAGUCUUUGUCAAUUUUGGAAAAGAUGCAUUCAAGAGGGUAUGUGCAUGGAGACGUAAAACCGGAAAACUUUCUACUUGGUCAACCGUCAACACCUCAAGAAAAGAAACUAUUUCUUGUUGACUUAGGGCUAGCAACAAAGUGGCGAGAGAGUGCCAGUGGUCAACAUGUUGAUUAUGAUCAGAGGCCUGACAUGUUUAGAGGAACAGUUAGAUACGCGAGUGUGCACGCACAUCUGGGUAGGACAGCGAGUAGAAGAGAUGAUCUAGAGUCUCUUGCAUAUACACUCGUUUUUCUUCACCGUGGUAGACUUCCUUGGCAAGGGUAUCAGGGCGACAAUAAAUCAUUUCUAGUUUGCAAGAAGAAAAUGGCAACAUCUCCGGAGAUGCUGUGCAAUUUCUGCCCUGCUCCUUUAAAGCAUUUUCUUGAGAUAGUCGUGAACAUGAAGUUCGAUGAGGAGCCUAAUUAUUCCAAGCUAAUAUCUUUGUUUGAGGGACUACUUGGUCCAAAUCCCGCAAUAAGACCAAUCAAUACCGAUGGUGCUCAAAAGAUUAUAUUUCAAGUUGGCCAAAAACGAGGCAGGAUGAAUCUCGACGAGGAAGAUGACGGGCAGCCUAAAAAGAAGAUUCGUAUGGGCGUUCCUGCAACACAGUGGAUUUCGGUUUACAAUGCUAGGCAGCCCAUGAAACAGAGGUACCAUUACAAUGUUGCCGAUGCAAGACUCGCACAGCAUGUCGAAAGGGGAAAUGCCGAUGGUUUACUCAUUAGUUCUGUUUCAUCUUGUUCUAAUCUCUGGGCUCUUAUAAUGGAUGCUGGAACCGGCUUUUCUAGCCAAGUUUAUGAGCUCUCUCCUUACUUCUUACACAAGGAAUGGAUUAUGGAGCAAUGGGAGAAGAACUAUUACAUUAGCGCCAUUGCCGGUGCCAACAACGGGAGCUCUCUUGUGGUGAUGUCUAAAGGAACCCCGUAUUCUCAACAGUCUUACAAAGUAAGCGACUCCUUUCCGUUCAAGUGGAUAAACAAGAAAUGGAGAGAAGGGUUCCAUGUGACUUCGAUGGCUACUGCGGGUACACGAUGGGGUGUAGUCAUGUCUCGCAAUGCCGGUUUCAGUGAUCAGGUAGUAGAGCUGGACUUUUUGUAUCCAAGUGAGGGUAUCCACAGACGGUGGGACAAUGGUUACCGUAUCACAUCAACCGCCGCCACGUGGGACCAGUCUGCGCUCAUCUUGAGUGUGCCUCGUCGUAAGCCCGGUGAUGAAACACAGGAAACGUUACGUACGUCCCAGUUUCCAAGCACACAUGUCAAGGAGAAGUGGGCGAAAAAUUUAUAUCUUGCAUGCAUUUGCUAUGGAAGAACCGUGUCUUGAUCGCGAAUAAGCGUGAUCACGAGCACGGGGAGGCCCAUUUGACUAUCGUCAGAGAUGGAGGAAGCCAUUUGUCUUGUGUUGUGCUUUUUAUUUUACUUUUAAACUGCGUUGGCUGCGAGCCAAAGAACAGAUGUUAGGAGUUGGGAUUUUCCUUCCAGAUGUAGAAUGAUGUUUUUGUUGUCCUAUUUGUUGUAAAAGUAUUUAUAUUUAAUUUUGAAGAUGUAUAGUUGGCUCCUCUUA